GGCUUUCCAGAUUGUUACCAACAGAAAGCAACUGCAUCAGAUACACCCACCCUCUCUCUCUCAUACUGGCCCACCUUCUUCCCCCGUCUUUCUUUGAUCUCCAUUUUCAACAUUCAAUUCAACAAAUCUCUCCUACAGUUCACGCAUUCUACUCCUCCAUCUCUCUCUCUAUUCAUUACAACUAUCAACAACAACAACAACUUCUAACCGACUUUCUGAUCGCCAAAACCUAGGGUUUAGGCUUUCAUGGCUUCCAAGCCAUGGCUACAACCAGCUCCAACUUACACCCCCUUCGACACGUUUUCCGACACUCAAGAUGACGCUCCCGGCCCUCGCUGUGCUCACACACUAACCGCCGUUGCUCCCACCAAAUCGCACGGUCCUCGCCUCAUAUUGUUCGGUGGCGCAACCGCUAUCGAAGGCGGAGUCUCCUCCCCGGUCCCCGGGAUCAGGUUGGCUGGUGUGACUAAUUCGGUUCAUUCGUAUGAUGUUAUAACCAGGAAAUGGACCAGAAUUCGACCGUCUGGAGAACCACCUUCACCCAGGGCUGCUCAUGCGGCGGCUGCUGUUGGAACCAUGGUUGUUUUUCAGGGUGGCAUAGGUCCAGCUGGGCAUUCAACAGAUGAUCUUUAUGUGCUUGACAUGAGUAAUGACAAAUUUAAAUGGCAUAGGCUUGUUGUCCAGGGACCGGGACCCGGCCCACGAUAUGGUCAUGUUAUGGACUUGGUUGCCCAACGAUACCUUGUUACUGUUAGUGGCAAUGACGGAAAGAGAGUACUAUCGGAUGCUUGGGCUUUGGAUACCGCUAAAAAACCGUAUGCAUGGCAGAAGCUGAAUCCAGAAGGUGAUAAACCUUCUGCUAGAAUGUAUGCAACAGCUAGUGCCCGAUCGGAUGGUAUGUUUUUGCUUUGUGGUGGAAGAGACACCUCUGGCACGCCACUAGCAGACGCUUAUGGACUGCUUAUGCAUAGGAAUGGCCAAUGGGAAUGGACUCUUGCACCUGGAGUUGCCCCUUCAUCUAGGUAUCAACAUGCCUCGGUAUUUGUUGGGGCACGAUUGCAUGUUACAGGAGGUGUUGUGAGGGGAGGUCGGGCAGUAGACGGUGAAGCAGCUGUUGCAGUUUUGGACACUGCUGCUGGUGUUUGGUUAGAUAGACAUGGGUUAGUGACCGCACCACGUGGUAACAAGGGCCAAGCAGAAGAUCCUUCUUUAGAGCUUAUGCGUCGUUGUCGGCAUGCUGCUGCAUCUGUUGGUGUACGGUUAUAUGUCUAUGGCGGUCUUAGGGGCGAGGUAUUGUUAGGUGAUUUUCUUGUAGCGGAGAAUUCACCCUUUCAGUCUGAUGUCAAUACUCCUGUACUAACAACCGAGAAGGGAUCCAAUGUAAGCAGUCCCAGGAUAAGUAAUUUGAACCCAUUUGAUCCUUUAUCGUCAGAUAACGGUCAUCAAAGCCCCUCAUCUACAGGCUUAAGUAUGGACAAAGAGUCGAUGGACAAGCUGGUUGAAGCUUCUGCUGCUGAAGCUGAAGCUGCAAACGCUGUCUGGCAAGCUGCACAGGCACAGGCUGCUAAUGGUGAUCCAUCUGUAGCGGACGAUAACUCACAGCCUGCAGAGAGCUGUUCAGAUGGUAGUGAUGGAGAGGGCGAUGUUCGACUUCAUCCAAGAGCUGUUGUGGUUGCCAAAGAGGCGGUAGGUAACCUUGGUGGAUUGGUAAGACAGCUGUCAUUGGAUCAAUUUGAAAACGAGAGUAGACGAAUGAUUCCAUUGCAAAAUGACACGUCGCCCUCUGCUAAAAAGUUUACAAGGCAAAAGUCACCACAAGGCUUGCAUAAGAAGGUUAUAUCAACAUUACUUAGGCCUAGAAACUGGAAACCUCCGGCUAACAGGCGGUUUUUUCUUGAUUCUUAUGAAGUUGGAGAGCUAUGUUAUGCUGCUGAACAGAUAUUUUUGCAUGAGCCAACAGUACUUCAGUUAAAAGCUCCCAUUAAAGUGUUUGGUGAUCUACAUGGUCAGUUCGGUGAUUUGAUGCGUUUGUUUGACGAAUAUGGAUAUCCUUCCACCGCUGGAGACAUAACGUAUAUUGACUAUUUAUUCCUUGGAGAUUAUGUUGACCGAGGUCAACAUAGUUUGGAGACCAUCACUCUACUUCUUGCUCUAAAGAUUCAGUACCCUGAUAAUAUCCACUUGAUACGUGGGAAUCAUGAGGCUGCUGAUAUAAACGCACUCUUUGGCUUCCGUCUUGAAUGCAUUGAAAGAAUGGGAGAAAACGAUGGGAUCUGGGCGUGGACCCGGUUCAAUCAACUGUUUAACCACCUUCCCCUCGCAGCACUCAUCGAAAAAAAAAUUAUUUGCAUGCAUGGUGGCAUAGGGCGGUCAAUACAUUUAGUCGAGCAAAUAGAGAAAAUAGAAAGACCCAUAACUAUGGAUGCAGGAUCUAUCGUGUUGAUGGAUUUACUGUGGUCUGACCCCACGGAAAAUGACAGCGUGGAAGGUUUGAGACCAAACGCUAGGGGACCUGGUCUUGUUACUUUUGGGCCUGAUAGGGUUUCAGAUUUCUGUAAAAGGAAUAAACUUCAGCUUAUUAUAAGAGCACAUGAAUGCGUAAUGGAUGGAUUUGAAAGAUUUGCUCAGGGACAAUUAAUUACCCUCUUUUCUGCAACCAACUAUUGUGGGACCGCCAACAAUGCUGGUGCUAUAUUAGUGAUUGGCAGAGGAUUAAUGAUUGUUCCGAAACUAAUUCAUCCAUUGCCGCCUCCACUCCAGUCACCAGAAACGUCUCCAGAACGUCCCCAAGAUGACACCUGGAUGCAGGAGCUUAAUAUUCAGAGACCGCCUACUCCCACAAGGGGCCGUCCGCAAGAUCAUGAUAGGUCCUCGCUUGCAUAUAUAUGAUCGAUCGACCAGCUUUCAGCAUUUUUUGCAGUUCAAAAUUCAGAAACUUGCCAAAUGGUAGCAGAUUGAUUUUGUAAUUUAUAGAGAAUCUCAUCAUCACCGAGGAAUUGUAAUUUGAUUUAGUGCAGAAUGACAAUGUCUUUGUACAUGUAAAUUCUUAUGUCAUAUAGUAUUUACAUUGUUGGUCCAACAAGGAAUUCAAACAUUUUGCUCUUAGGUUAGAAGUGAUCAACUUUUAUAAACCAAUUGUGAUUGUA